AUGGCGCUCAGUAGCAAACUUUCUCCUGACGGUGAGCAACAUAUUUUAAACAAAUCAGUUGAUGGUUAUUGUACCGAAACACAAACAAUAUAUCAAUUUCACGAGUGUUUUGUUCAUGGGUGUAAAGAAUGUUAUGACGGUGAUGCUAUUAACAUGGUGGUUAACGAAUCCUUUUACACGUUAAGAGAGCGGACAAGAAGAACAACUUGUUUAUUUGAAAGUCAGGGUUAUACGGUUAUAGAAAAAUGGGAAUGUGAUUUUAUACAGGAAAAUAAAAUAACACAAACACUGCUUAAAGUGUUACGUCAACGCGAUUUUUUUAUUAAUGUCAAUUUAAAUCCUCGUGAUGCGCUUUUUGGCGGGAAAACAUCCCCCGCUAUAUUGUUUUACGAAUCGGUUGUCAAAAAAUGCGUUAUGUGGAUUUUACUUCCCUUUACUCCUAUGUUCAGAAAAAAAAAUGUUUAUCCGAUCAAACAUCCUGACAUUAUUCGCGGUAUAACUAAUUGUCGCGAUGUAGAAAUAAAAAAUGUGUUUGGAAUUAUCAAAUGUAAAAUACUUCCGCCAAAACAAUUAUUAUUUCCGGUUCUACCAUAUCGCACAGAUAAAUUAACAUUUCCAUUAUGUCGUACAUGCGUUCAGGAAUUAUGUACACUGUGUCGGCACACUGACGAAGAAAGGGCAUUGUAUG